GCGGCACUGCCUCGCUCGCCCGCCGCGCGGAUGGUGAGAGGGGCUGCCCGCCCGUGUCCGCCCCACACCGGCCCGGUCUCCAGAACCACAGGCCUGGUGGAGAAGCCCCCACGCCAGCAGAGAAGCAGGACCGAGUUUGCCCUGACGGAAACCAUGUCGACGGGCGGUGUGGAGGAUGACAUUCCUCAGGGAGAGAGGAAGACAGUCACAGACUUCUGUUACCUCCUGGAUAAAUCCAAGCAGCUUUUCAAUGGCUUAAGAGACUUGCCUCAGUAUGGCCAGAAGCAGUGGCAGUCAUAUUUUGGGAGGACGUUUGACGUCUACACCAAGCUCUGGAAGUUUCAGCAGCAGCACCGGCAAGUUCUUGACAAUCGGUAUGGGCUGAAGCGUUGGCAAAUCGGCGAGAUCGCUUCCAAGAUCGGGCAGCUUUACUACCACUAUUAUCUUCGCACAUCUGAAACCAGUUACCUGAACGAAGCCUUCUCCUUCUACUCAGCUAUCCGUCAGAGGUCCUACUACUCCCAAGUCAACAAAGAAGACAGUUCUCCAUCUUCUCCUGCUCGCUUUCCCUUUCCCAGGCCUGAACUGGUAGUUAAGAAACUCCGCUAUUAUGCACGGUUCAUCGUUGUUUGCCUUUUGCUCAACAAAAUGGAUGUCGUCAAGGACCUUGUGAAGGAAUUGUCAGAAGAGAUUGAAGAUUACACACACCGCUUCAACACGGAGGACCAGGUGGAAUGGAACCUGGUCCUCCAAGAGGUGGCAGCCUUCAUCGAGGCAGACCCCGUGAUGAUCCUGAACGAUGACAACACCGUCGUGAUCCUCUCCAACCGCCUCUCCGACAUGGGCGCCCCCCUGCUGGAGCAGGGCAUGAUCGUGGGGCAGCUGACUCUUGCCGACGCCCUGAUUAUCGGCAACUGCAACAAUCAGGUGAAAUUCAGUGAGCUGACAAUCGAUAUGUUCCGGAUGCUGCAGGCGCUGGAGAGGGAGCCAAUGAAUUUAGCAUCUCAAAUGAACAAGCCCGGGUUGCAGGAGACGACUGAAAAGCCGGCAAGGAGGGAAAAUCCCCAUAAGUAUUUGCUGUACAAGCCAACCUUCAGCCAGCUGUACACCUUCCUGGCUGCAUCCUUUAAGGAGCUACCGGCAAAUAGCGUCCUUCUGAUCUACCUGUCGGCCACUGGCGUGUUCCCUUCAGGUCGUUCGGAUAGUGAAGGUCCCUAUGAUUUCGGGGGUGUCCUGACAAACAGCAACCGGGACAUUAUAAAUGGGGACAGCAUCCACAAGAGGAACCAGUCCUACAAGGAGAUGCACUGCCUGCAUCCUGGCGAUCUCUACCCUUUCACAAGGAAGCCGCUGUUCAUCAUCGUGGACUCCUCCAACAGUGUGGCCUACAAGAAUUUCACCAAUCUGUUUGGACAGCCGCUGGUGUGCCUGCUUUCUCCCACAACAUAUCCAAAAGCAUUGCAAGAUCAGUCUCAGCGUGGCAGCCUCUUCAGCUUCUUUCUGAACAACCCUUUAAUGGCAUUCCUGUUUGUCUCUGGAUUAUCAAGCAUGCGCAAAGGAUUGUGGGACAAGUGUCACGACUACCUUCGCAAAAUUAACCGGGAUAUUGCACAGUUGCUGACUCAUUCCCGCUCCAUAGACCAGGCCUUUCUCCAGUUUUUCGGAGAUGAAUUCCUUCGCUUACUUCUAACCAGAUUCAUCUUCUGCUCGGCCACCAUGAGGAUGCACAAAAUCUUCCGGCAGGAAACUAGGAAUUAUCCAGAAUCGUAUCCCCAGCUGCCAAGGGAUGAAACAGUGGAGAAUCCACACCUCCAAAAGCACAUCUUAGAGUUGGCUUCCAUGCUGGAUGUUCGAAACGUAUUCCUGGAAACCACGCUGGAUGAUUAUUAAAAAUGGAAACGCAGAAUCCUGGCUUUCUACUGCAGGGUUUUUUCCCAGCCACAGAUUUUUUGAAAUGAUGCAGUUUUCUAAUGUGAAAAUCCACAAAAAGGAACUUACUUGAUUUUUAUUUUUAAAGUUACGAUUAUUUUUUUAACCAAUAAAAAUGGCUUGGCUGUGGGCACGGCUGUUCCAUUCUGUAUGGGGUCAAUUUUAUAGAGGAAUUCCUCCUUUUAAAAAUUUUAGACUAAAGAAAUCCCUUGAGUUUUAAAUUUUGAUUUGGCAGUUGAACCCAGCCACAUGUCACAAAGUAUUUCAAUGCUGUUGGUCACUUUUAGCCCUUGUGUGUGGAAAUCCUUUAUUUUUGUACACUUUUUAAAAAAUUGGAAGCAAAAAAUGGAGGAGGAGAGGGGAAAGACUCCCAAAAAAAGAACUGUAUAUUCCAUCCCGAAAGUAUUCUGGAUUUGAAAUGUGAAGGGUGGGACCACGUUGUGGAAAUCAGCCAUAGCAAUAAAGGAGUCUUUUGAGACGAUCCACUUGGCCACUCCAAGAAAGGAGAUCUUGAAGAGGUAGCCCAGCGAUCCCAUUCAAGUGAAAUGCUGUUCCCUCUAAAUUUGUUAUCCAGAUGUAAAAGCAACAUCGUACUGGGGCCAAAACCGCCGGUCUCUGGCCUGACCCUGCAGCGCCGGCUCCUGCUGUGCUACCGCCUCAAGAAAGGGCCCCCCAUCUCUUUGUUGGACCACGUACCUCUUGCACAGCCAUGACCUUCUGAGGAUGGCCAGAACUGCUCUGGAUUCUGAAACCCUCCGAAGGAGGCCUGCUUUCCACUGUCGCUCCAUGAAGGACCAUCUCCCAGGCUAGAAAUGAAGAGCAGCAGCUUUCUGUGCACAGGGAAACACGGCGAGCAGUGGCUGUGGCAGUUGGACUGCAAAAGAACCCUUUCCUCCUGCUCUCCUACAGCCCAGGAGGGUGGUUCCCGCCAUCGCCUCAGUCCACCGAUGGUGCGCUCCCGGGCCUCCUGAGAAUGGCCAGCGCCGGGCCUCCUGAGCCUGGAACGGCCGGAAUAACCCUCGCUCCGGUCGCGGCAUGGCUCUCGUGGCUCCCCUGCGGCCCAGGCGUCGUCUUGGCCAGAGCUGCAGUGAGGCAUCUGUUACUGUUUUUACAGGUCUUCUCCCCACAGGACCCCUUCAUAGGCUGGCCAGAAUCUUGUAGUUGUUGUGGGGGUUUUCUGCCAGGGCACUGGGGCAAACCAGCUUGGUGGCCACCCGAAUGGAACUGCUUGGGAGCACUCACCUGGGAAUGGAGAGGGAGAGCCUGGAGGUGCCAGCACCAACAAGGCACUGCUCUCAAAUGGUCCCCACCCCAAAACAGGGCAAGCCGGAGCUCUUGCUACCACUCCUGAAGCAGGAGGGUCUGUCCCUGAACCUACAGCGAAGCACAACCACUUCGGGAGGCCUCCAGCUCUCACUUCCUUGCCCCACCUGCAGUCCAUAACCAGCCCGUGGCAUGGAGGAGCCAAGAAGGAGGUGAUGCUCCAGAGUGCGGCAACCAGCUUGUCACACCACGAUGGGUCAAGGACGUUUUUCAGAGGAAAUGCCCCGUGCAGGAGCCCAGCAGUGCCUGUGCCUGCACAUGGCCGUCUUGGGGACAGCCCUUUCCAGGGGAGCGGGGCCGCUGUGUGGCAUUUGAGGCUUGGUUCCGCACGGAGCACGUGUGCAGUGCACAUGCUCUUACAGCCGAGCAAGCCUGCAUGCUCGUGACAAUCGCGGGGGUCAUUUUGAGACGUUCGGCAGAGAACGCAAGUCUUUCAAAGUGAGUGUCGGACAGAGGCUGAGAGGGGGAAGGACAGGGCAAUGCCCCUGGGCGUGUGUGGGGGGAUGUUUUGCCUGAGAGUAAACCCUGUUUUGCUUGGAAUCUGUUCCAACAGGCUGUCGUGAAAAGUGCCGUCCAAGAUCACGGCCCGCACGCUGGGAGCAGCAGGACUGAGCUCUGUUGCUGAGCUGCGGAAGGUGGUGGCUGGCACGCGACAGCAAGAGGUGCCUUAGGCCGGGCGUGACGUGCAAUGAAAACAUGGGCAGUGGGGUCGGGCUUGCCAAGCGCAGGCGGCCCUGAUACGCCUGGCUUUAAAAUACCUUCACUUUUCAGCAGGCAAUCAAAAAAGCAGUUUAAUGGCAGAGUUGGUUAGGUUUGGUAAUGGGGCUUUUUCUCCUGUGGUGCUUUGUUCUUUCAAUCCCUUGUUACCUUUUUGUUUUGGUAAUGUUAGUAUGGGUGAAAAGCGUUUCAUUAUGUGUAUAUGCACUCUGCCUGCCAUCAUGGGAAAGAGAUGCUUCCUGUAAAUGUGCCUGUAUAUAUGUAGAUAUUAAGAUAUAUUUAUAAAUAUAUAUAUAUAUAUAUAUAUAUAUAUAUGAUUGCUUGGGAACUAUAUGUAUACAAAACAAAGAUGUAUACACCAGAGCUGAGCAAAAUGCACUCCAGUGUCCUGAACGCCGUCCUCGGUCAGUGAUCGCUUGAGGCAGCCAUUCAGAGGUGGCGCUCGGAGCUGUGGGGGCCAGUGAAAGGGCUCCUCUCCCCAAGUGAUCCGGGGGUGAUUGUGUCUCACGCCCAGGGGGAAGCACAUCAUUUAGUGACCUAACAGCAACCACACGAAGCUCCCCAACCAGGCUUCCGGCUCGUGAUAAGGAACACUAGUUCAGCACAAUUUCCAUUUUUUAUCCAUCUCGGGUGAAGCCGUUCCUUGGGGAAGUCGCUGAAAAAGACCGUGCUUCUGUGUGCUUCCUGCAAGCAGUGGCUGGCUAUCGAGAAUGCCCUCUUCCUUCUUGGGCGGGAGGGGGUGUCCGUCGUUCAACACGCUUCCUUUGGUGGCCCGGGGAGACCUUGUGGAGGUCCCACACUGGCUUUGUCUUGCUCCAUUUGGCCAACAUUCGUGCUGAAGCAGUUCAUUGGUGUAAGCCUGGAAAAGAAGCAUCUCUUGAAUAUUUGUUGACCCUGUAGGUGCCGGGCAGGGCAGAACUCUGUGUGCGGUUCAACAGAACAGGCGUGCAAAAUGCCAGUGAGUACAAGGCGAUUGAAGUCAGAUACUCAUUCUUCAAACAGGCUGCUGCAUGAGUCUUGAUGCAAGUUGUCUCAGCUUUUCUGGCACGGGUGCAACAGCGCCAGGUUUUUAAUAUAAUUUAUCUGAAUGUUAACUAAUACUCGCCAUCCUGCAGGGGUGAACUGCACCAGGGCUGAAACAAAGCAGGAGUUGUGGGAAGAACGUGUUUCCAGCUUCAUUAUGAACAGGACAAUCAAAGGCGGAGGGGUGUCCUUCACUGCAGCAGCUCCAAAAAUGCCCUAGAUCAACAUAGCCAUUGGCCAUGCUGGCUGGGAAUGAUGGGACUUGCAGGCUAACAGAUCUGGAAGGCACCGGGUGGAGAGGUCUGCCUUACAUCAUAUAAGAUAUUUUUGACGUAGCCCUCAAGGGCAGCGGGGGCACUUGCUGAAUGGAGGGCGGGUCAAGGCUCCCCUUUUUGGGGGUUACUGGAGGUGGCUUGCACUCCGGGUUGCCUCUGGUCAUGCACUCCAUGGGGCAGGAGCUCCCAUCAAGCGGCAGGACAAAUUCUGCUGGAUCAAAGCCAUCCCAUCAAUCUAUUUUUGAAUUGUGUUUUUGGCACUCAUUGGUUUUAAAAUUAGAACAGUAUGCUGGAGAGAAAUCAAAGGGCCUUAUCAGAUGUAUUGCCCUUUGUAUCCCUUUUAAGUUUUUGGAUUCUAUUGAUCCUUUAAAAAAACUAAGAUGAUUUGAAAAAAAAAAAAGUCCUUGUGGUUGCUAAAAUCAGGUGAGUGAGAAAAGAAACUAGCUCAACCCUAUUCAUUCCUGCUGUAGAUCUAGCUUUGAAACCUUAGUAUUUUUCCUCUGUCAUGGUGGAUGUUGUGUUGGCUACACACAUGCGGCACCAUGAACAGAUUUUAUGGGGAGGUACCACAGAUGAGUGGUAGGACAUCUGGCUGGAAUCCCCAGUUUAAGAACAAACACCCGCGCACCUGUAGCUUCAAGCCUUUUGAGUUCUCUCCCAAGCCCCUGGAAAUGAUCACCUGCGGUUUGUACAGAUACUCUCUAGAAUCUGUUCUUGAGAAAACUCUCAGGUGUAAGUUUCCAGCAGAAGCUUGCCUCGGAAGAAUGUGGUAUAUGUCUUUCUGCGUAUAGACACUAUUUUUCUUCCUUUAUGAGCCAGAAGGAUGGGCUUGUGUGAUGCCUAAGAAGCUUUGGCGCAAGGAAAGGCAAAACAAGGGUGCAGACAGUUAAAUAGCUCGGACUUGUAAGGGUGAACGUGUCUAAUGCUUAGCCUUCCUUUGGCUGCUGCCUUAAGAAGCCUUGCAGAAUUGCUAGGCACAAGACGGUGGUUCGGCUCUUCAUGUGCACACUUGGCUAGCACCCCCCGCCCCAGUUGUCCAUGGGGCAGCCCCGGUGUUGCAGUGAUUCGGUCCAGUGUGCCCCGUCAUCACCACGGGCCCUGAAGCAGGCGGCACCCAAGCAGCAGGGAGCAGGCACUCCUGGCCCUCCUCUGCAUUACCAGCUGAUUCAUUCAUUCACUUGCUGCGGUAAAUGGGAUUUCUGGUGCUACAGGUUGGCAAAGUCUUAAUGAACUAUUAAUUGGUGGUGACUCCUAGAACAAUAACUUGGCUCUCACUGUGUAAUUUAGCAGGUUUUUGAGUGUGAUGCUUUUACUUGCCAGAUUAUCAAACAGUGGGUUGACUCCAGAUUUAGCUAGACUUGGGGCUAAAUGACACAUAUUCAGUACCAUUGCAUGCAGCUGAACUUUGCUGCUUGUUUACCUGGAUUGGGACCUCUGUGUUGGCAGGUCUCAAUCUUCCCAGCCAGCUGCUUACUCUCCUUCUCUCAAAAUGGCCCCUCCAUGAGGGGGCUAAAAUAGGAAAAAACCUUAACUGGCAAUAAUGGAUUUUUUUUUAAGUUUCCAUGUUGUAUGGCAGGAAUUUAGGUUAAAAGUGUCUGGGAAGGUUUAUGCCUCCCUUCUCUGCAUAAGAGCAGCCCCACACACUUUCUCUGAUGUAACCGCCCUCCCCACAGCAGUUGGUUAGACUGAAAUUAGUUAUGGCUAACAUCUACCGCUGAUUUCAGUAGUUUUGCUCAAAAUAGGAACAGACCCAUUGAUCACAAAGCUGAUGUUUUUAUCUGAAAGGGCUGCUUGGAAAUUGCUCUUGGAGACCAAGAAAUCGCUGUCCAGAAAGGCAACUGGAAUAUCUUUGUGGGGUGGGGGGUUCCUGGAUUCAGGUGAAUCUCCAAAAAUCCAUUUGAUAUUCAUUAUCCCAGUGGUCAUGAGAUCAGGAAGCAGACACAUCUGCUCUGUACAGAUCAAAUUAGCUGAAAUUGAAGAGGAGAGACUGAAUAAUGUUUUGGAUUGCACUUGCCAUUCCAUUGGCUUCAGAAUCCUGCCAGAAUUUUUGAAGGCACCUUCAGCUUGUCGUCUUCUUCUCCAGACAAUGAUGCAAGGUCUGCUUGGGGUUUUCUUGCACUUGGAUGAUAGUGCUCCCUUCUCCGGGAUUAAUUCUUGUAUUGUAAUGCACCAGACACAGGGCUGCUGUGAGAACUUCUACAGCAAAGGAUGAGACAGCUCUGCUUUGUUGUGUCUGCUGUUGGCCACCCUAGCCAGAUGGUGAUCAUCUUUGGCACUGCUGAAUCCACUGUAGAUUCUUCACAUUCAGGCUAUAAUUAAUGAGCUGCUGUCAAUGUUUGUCUUCUGCUGGGUUGCUCGGAAUCUUGAAAUACUGGCCUUUUGAUCCAUCAGAACUGUUUUUCAGCCCUUCCUUCUAUCUUGACAUCUCUCAUUGCCUGGGAUGCAAGAUCUCUACACUUCCCAGAUCAUUAUGGAGGAUUCUUUAGGAAUUAAUCCUUUGCGGACAAGGGUGAGAUGGUUUUCAUAGAUGUAGGUUUGAAUGCACAAAGAUACAGGUUCAGUUUUCUUAGAAUGACAUAAAGAAGCUACUGGAGUGGCCCAGAGAUCUAAGUCUUAUCCUGCUUUAUAGUCUUGUAUUGGUAAUCAAAGCCAAUGCCUUUUGGCAACAGUUUCAGCAUCUAGAGUUUGCUCUAUAAAAUGUGUCUGGACUCUAAAUUUGUUUUGUACUUCCCAGGACUACAAUGGCAUGGCACACAGCUGCUGGGAAGCAAGUUUUAGUAAAAUAGCUGGACACUUACGGAAGUAAAUGUGAGAGAAAUAUGAACUAGAGAUGUAUAUAUUUGCUACUAAGUGAGAAACCACAGAAUUGACCAUGAAGUUAAUUUUAAUAGAGCCAUCCUAAGCAGCCGUAAGGCAUGGACAAAAUCUCAUCAAUAUACGAUGCCAUAGUCUAAAGCACCAAAAACACACUUUCCUCAUUUUGCCCUGUUGGGGCAACCAAGUGGAGACAUGCAAAGGAAAGAAAGAAAAGACAGAAGGUUUCCUACGAGAGUGAAGUGCAUUUUGCUUUCCUUUGGAAGUGGGAGCUUCCUACAGAGGAUGCCUUUGUAGGUGAAGCAUCUGCAAAUGGGUUGCGGGCUGUUUCUGUUUGCUUAAAGCGCUACCAACUGCUUAUUGUUUCAGUGUGGUUUUGCUUGGGAGGCUGGGACUGGCAAGGACCGAGCAGCCGCUGGCAGUUGCAAGCAGUCACCCCUUGGGCAGUGCAGACAUUUGAUGUGUGAGAGUCUCGCUUGACUUUUGGGGUAGCUUUGAAUCCUAAUGCCACUAAGGCUUGGUCACUGAUUCCAUGGUGGACCGUUUAAGCCUGUGCUUUCAGCACCACCUGCAUGUUGGUGCGUAUUUGAGUGGAAAAAUGCGUAAUGCUCUCAGCUGUGGCGAUUCUUGGAGCCCUUUCCUCAUAUGGGCAUGUUUGAAUAAUGCCGCCAAAAAGCAUACAUAAAUUCUGUAGUUAGAAAUAGAACUGAAUCCUGCUGCACAAUCAGAGGGGGACAUUCAAGCGUAGUCUGAAUAACAGGAUAAUGGUUUGGGUCCAGAUUUCAUCCUACUGCAAGCAGAUCCAUAUUUCCUGGAAGCUGCAGGACUUGCUUCUCUCUGAACUUGAAUAGGUUUGUACUCAGAAGUUUCAGGGUGACGUGGGUGGCUCGACUCUUAAGUAAGGUAAAUCGGGAGCCAACCCAGUGCCAAUAGCUUUAAGUCGGGAAGGGCCAUGCGUGCACCACAAUGAAGAUUUCAAAGCCUGCAUAGAACAGGGUUCCUCACUGAAAUUCUCGCGAAUUUCUAGCUGAACCUAGAAUGGCACAUUCCCAACCCUGGUGACAAAUGUGUACUUAAAAAAAAACAAAACAAAACCAGCAGCAGCAGCUUGUAUUAGAAAGUAACAUGCCUGACGUGUGGGGGUUUCUUUUUUCCUUUUUACAAACAUGUCUUUUAUUUGGAAGUUGUAAUACAUCUCUUGGUAAAAUACUUUAGUAAUCUGUGGCAAAUGCUCAUCUGUAAUUGAAAUGUUAUUAAACUGUGACGCCGGUUGUGGGGAAUUCACAGCUGUGUCCCUUAGGAUCUCUCUCACGAGGAGAUUGAAGCACAAGCGUUUUCCAUGUGCCGAACCCGUUCCCAGUGCUGCUAGCGCAUCAUGCAUGUGAUGCCGCUGUAGGGUAAUCUCCGUAUUGGUUCGCAGAGCCACUUUCUGUUACGCACGUCUCUGGUGCCCAUGUCUCCACAGUACGACUUGCGGUUUCCACGGCAUUCCUGAUCCGACCAGCAUCGUUCGAUGCUUUCCUUGUGCUGAGAAGACUGGGGUCCUUCUUGUUUACAAAGCUGUAAAUGGCUCCCUCCAUUCCCGUGGCUCCCGCUACCAGUUGCACUCCCCAGUCGACGUGGAACCCUGUUGUCUGUCUCCUGUCUGUAGUCCCUCCAGAUGGCCUCCGCCACACACUCCACCCCGAGCCCUGCCCUCUCCCCCAUCCUGCUGUGCACCUUUCCUGGUUUGUCACACGAUAUGGAUAACUCGUACUGUAGCUUGUGCAGAUAUGUUUCCAGUGAUUCAACGAAAGCUGUCUCAGCAAGGUGGUGAUGCUGAGGCAAGUGGCAAAUUUUUGUACACUUCCAAGCAUUCACCACACCCUUCGAUUUACCGCUGCUGGGAAAACUAGUCCACUGAAUAAAAUUUCUGAGCUGUAACACUGUGACUCUCGGCAGACCCAACAUAGCAUCAAGGGAACAAAAUACUGUAAAAAUGAUAUUAUUGAUAAUAAUAUUGCUUUUAUGUUGUGUUAAGUAACAAGGUUAUGACAUUUCUGGGAUUUUGCAGUCAGUGUUGAAGACUUUCAUGUUGGUUAAUGUUCGCUUGGAAUGUGAGUGCAUCCAUCAGUUGUGAAUUACUGUACAUGAUUUUUGUAUCUGAGACCCACUCAAAUUAUAUGUAUUACCAAUAUACAAUAAACAUAUUUGCUUAAUGGUGUG